GUGCUUUCACUGAGCAGAAAUGUUUUGCUGAGGUAGUUUCACUUUCCUGCUGCAUAAAUCCAUGAGGAACACCAGCAUGCAGUGCCCAGGUGAAAGGCACAGGCCUUCGGGGGACUCUCCUGCCUCAAGCAGCGAAGCAGGUUCAGGCUCAGCAGAAGCUCCGCUCUCCACCUGCUCCUGUGCGGACCUGGGAGGGCAGGGAUCUCCUGCUGCACUGCUGCGUGCUCAGCCUCUCUCCUCUGAACCUGCUCUUCUCCCGCCAGGCUCUUGCAUCUGACAUAUUGGAGCCAGCUGCCAUGAGUGACUUCUUCUCACACUUCCUGCACAAUUUGAAUGAAAAGGACUUCCUGAAACUCACUAAUGACUUCAUGUCACACUAUGUUAAAUUAACACACUAUGUUAAAUUUGAUAAGACCAAAGGCAUCAUCUCUCCUGAAAAACUCAACAGAAUUGAAGACUCCCUCCUUGUGGGGAAUCUACAGGCUGCGGUGGAUGCCAUUCAAGAAAUACUCAGUGCGGCAGAAAAUGCUGCCCUGGAGGUGGCUGUGAUCGGGGAGUCGGGGACAGGCAAGUCCAGUUUCAUCAAUGCCCUCAGAGGCCUUGGUCCUGAGGAAGAGGGGGCGGCUGAGGUUGGGGUUGUGGAGACCACCAGGGAGAAAACCCCCUAUAAACAUCCACAAUACCCCAACGUGACCUUCUGGGACCUGCCUGGGACUGGGACACCCACCUUCGGCCCGGACACUUACCUCGAAGCAGUGGGCUUUGCCACAUUCGACUUCUUCAUCAUCAUUUCCGCCUCCCGCUUCACCUGCAAUGAUGCUCUCCUGGCCCGGAAAAUCCAGGAAGCUGGGAAGAACUUCUACUUUGUGAGAAACAAGGUGGACAAUGAUUUAUAUAGUGAGCGGAGAGGCAAGCCCCAGUCCUUCCAGAGGGAGAGAGUUCUCCAGCAGAUCCGAGACAACUGCCUGACUAACCUCAGUAACAUAGGAGUCCCGGACCCGCGCGUCUUCUUGGUCUCCAACUUUGAGCUGCAUGACUUUGACUUUCCAGGUCUGCAGAGGACGAUGCUGGAGGAGCUUAUUGCUCACAAGCGCCAGGUGUUUGUGCUGAUGAUACCUCCAGUGUCGGAAGCUUCCAUUGAACUGAAGAGAAUUAUCCUCAAGCAGAUAAUAUGGCUGGACUCUGUGAAGUUGGCCGCUGUGGCCUUCAUCUCCUUUGGGUCCAUCUUCAAAGUUUUUGAUUUGCCUGAACAGGAAGAGUGCUUGAAGUUUUACAAAAAAUACUUUGGUUUGGAUGAUGAGUCCACUGAAGAGAAUGCCAAGAAGCUCCACACAUCUGUGCAAGACAUCAAGGGCGAACUCAGGUGCUUGGAUUCCUCAGCUCUACUGCAGGAUGACAGCACAGAAGCAAAGUCCUUUGAUGAAAAGUUUUGUGCAGUGACUGGAGGUCCUUUUUCUUCUAUCAUCCACAUCAGGAAAGCCUACUUUAUACGCUUGAAAAUCCUCGAUGCAGUGGCCCAAGAUGCUAAGGUCCUAUUGCAUAAAACCCUCCAUGCUCCCUUCUGACAGAAUGAGGUAGAAGCACUGUGCCUGCCCUCAUGUACUGGAAAUUGGACCUCUGGGCUGAUACUGUCAGGAAUCAGGGUCAUCCCAGCAGCCCUGCCCCAGUGUCCCUAAGGUAGAAAAAACCUCUGAUCCACAGAGCCAGGCAACAGCUUCCCAUGGUAACUCACGCUGUGCAUAGGUGAUUUGACCACACCCUGCCUUCUGCAUGCUUUAGUCUGUUUUGAUUAAAAGCCAACAGUAUCUCAACCUCUGCUUCAGCUAAUCUUCAAGUUUUUGUUCGUGUGUUUAUUUGUUUGCUUUGCGGUGCAGGGACUGAACCCAGAGAGGGCCUUGUGCAUGGUAGGCAGGGCUCUGCCUCUGAGCUCCAGCCCCAGCCCCUGCUCUCCAAGUGUCCCCAGGUAGUCCCCAUUUCCUCAGGCAGUAGCACUUUGUGACACUCACAGCCGAGGUUAUAUACUGUCAUUUUAUGGCUGUGUUCUCAAUCACCCUGUUAAUGCUCUCUACAAAAUGGAAACAUUAUAAAAUGAUUAGUAAAAUGUGUGUCAUUGGAAAAUACAGCCAGAAAUAGACUUUGAUACCACACUCGUGUUUUUGAUGCACAUGUAAUGAACACAUGCACAUAGUGAAAUACUAUUUGACAACAAAAAAAGAUCAAUCUGAGACUUGAGUAGAGAAACGGGUUCCCCGAGAAUGUAAUGUGAAGUGAGGUGAAAGGGACUCAGAAGCUUAAAUCCUGCGGUUUCUCUCAUUUGAGUCUUGCAAAGUUCAAAUAAAGAGCAAAAUAAAAGAAAGACAAAUGCAGCAGAGAGAGCUUUUGCAAUUAAGAAGGGGCCUGAGAUACAGGGGCUGAGCUGGGGCGCAGGGAAGGGGGUGGAAACAGAUUCAGAUGUGUGCUGUGCAGAGCUAACCUCCCACCGUGCAUACAGACAUUGUACGCUGUAACAUGAAAUAAAGGAUCAUAAUGAGAUUGACAAUAGUACAAGUAACAGUAACCACAGUAAGGAAAGCAGGGAGAGGGGAUCUGGAGGUACAGGGAGGAAGGGGGGUGGGCAGGAUAAUAACCAAGACAUCUCCUGCCAUGCACCUCCUCCCAAGAGGAAUGUAACCUUCACAUACUGUGAUGUGCACUGAUAAAAUAAAAUACGAUUCUAAAACAGAAA